AUGAGAAAGACGUGGUGCUGGAUUACGGCCGCGCUGUUGUUCCGCUUAGUGACGCAUUCAAGCGGCCAAGGGAAAACCGAUUUCUACACAACGGUGUCCACGCUCUCCGAUCUCAUCCAGAUGGAAAAAGAAGUCAAGGCCAGUCUCUUGUACUACACGAAACGUUUAAAGAUUGUACAAGACAGUGUCCUCAAUUUCGUCCAGGACAGCCAGCCCUACGACGACUUGGCGACACCGUCCGACGUUUUUGACUACCUCAAGCACCCGGUGCACGCCUUCCAGUUGAUCAAGAGGAUGACCGCUGGCCUGGGCGACAUAGAAACACAGAUCCGUAGGAUGCAGUCCUUUGAUUCCCUGGUGGAUAUCAGAGAAAUGCGCAAGCAACGGCUGCUUCCAUGGGACGAGGACUUCAGGGGGCUUGCGGCUUCACUAGUGAGACUCCAGAACACGUAUGAUCUGGACAUCAGCGAACUGGCCAAGGGACAUCUCCGUACGGAGGUUCCGCGAAGCCGAACAAUUUCUGGACGUCUUCCGUUGAGCGCUCGGGACUGCUUGAACAUCAGCCAGGUGGCUCUGGACCAGGGUUUCUAUGACCGCGCCGUGGAAUGGGUCGAGCAGGCGGUACGCACAGCCGCCGGCGAACGAAACGUCACCGCCUCAAAACAAGAACUGGACACCUUCCACGAGACCGUCGUCAAAGAGCACGAUGAAAAUCUGGAUACCACGCAAGAAACAACAGCAUGGGAAGGAUUCUUUUGGCAAACAUAUGGAGUACCCGUACGAGAUCGUAUGAAGCGGUCUAAAGAGUACAAGGCGGAGCUCUUCCAGGAAGAACCGCAGGAGUAUCAAGAUAGCCAGAACUACAAGCGACUUUGCCGCGGAGAGCAGCUCAGGACACUCAAGAUGGACAGCCAGUUGAGGUGUCGCUACUACAAGGGCCAAGAUGGAUUCUUUAAACUACAGCCCAUCAAGCUCGAAGAAUUCAACCUGAAGCCUUACAUCGUCGUGCUGCAUGACGUUAUCCAAGAUAGAGACCUCGAAGAAUUGAUUGCCUUCGCUAAGCCUAGGCUGAUGAUAUCGAAAACGUACUCGGAUGACAUGGAACUAUCUCCAAUUCGCACAAGCUCAAAUACCUGGCUUUUUGAACAGAAUGCUACCAUCGCAAGCAGACUGAAUCGUUACCUAAGGGCUCUCUUAGGUAUGGGUACCUCGGACAGCAAUUUCGAAGCGGAGCCAUACCAGCUGGCCAACUACGGAACAGGAGGGCAUUACCUGCCGCACCACGACUACCUCUACGAUGUGUACGAAGAUUCUGACGAGACGGACGAAUUUUCCCGGGUUCCGAGUUAUGGCGAUAGAUUGGCCACGCUUAUGAUCUACAUGAGUGACGUUGAAGAAGGCGGAGCCACCGUUUUUCCAAAACUCGGAGUAAGACUGACUCCGAAAAAGGGCGACGCCGCGUUUUGGUGGAACCUGAAAACCAGCGGUGCAGUAGAGAAGCUCACGCUACACGCCGGCUGUCCCGUGUUCUACGGAAACAAGUGGAUCGCCAACAAGUGGUUCAGGAGCUACGGCAACGUGUUUCGGCUGCCUUGCUCCACGGACCGAUACGCUUCCAUGGCACCCCUCGUAUGA